CAGCUCAUUGACUCACACACAACAUAAACUGUUACUUGCACAGAAAUGGCUCAGCGACUGAAUUUGGUAGUAAGUCGUCAUUUCUCUAAAUUAACCUCGCUAAGCAGUACAAGGAAGCUGGCUGAAAAUGUGUCAUCUAAACCCAAAACGGCCAGUGGUUCAGAGAUAACGGCUGAUCAUUUACUCUACACACCAGAGCAUUUUGCGUUGAAGGAAUCUCUUAAAAAGAUCAUCGACCAGGAUAUCAACCCCUAUGUGGACCAAUGGGAGGCAGAGGGGAUAUUUCCUGCCCACAAAGUCUUCAAGCUCUUGGGAAAUGCUGGCUUUCUGGGUGUCAACAAGCCAGUUGAGUAUGGAGGCCUGGGUCUGGACUUCAGCUACAGUAUAGCCGUGUCAGAGGAGCUGGGUAACAUCCGCUGUGGAGGCAUCCCCAUGGCCAUCGGAGUCCAGACUGAUAUGGCCACACCUGCCCUGGCCAGGUUUGGCUCUACAGAGCUGAAGAAGGAGUUUCUGCUGCCCUCCAUAAUGGGAGACAAAGUGGCCUGUCUGGGAGUGAGUGAAGUCGGAGCCGGCUCAGAUGUUGCUACCAUCAAGACAAACGCGGUGCGUGAAGGGGAUGAGUAUGUGGUGAACGGUGGUAAGAUGUGGACCACUAACGGCACCCAGGCUGACUGGAUGUGUCUCCUGGCCAACACCAGUGACGGUCCGUCUCACAAGAACAAGUCCCUCAUCUGUCUGCCUAUGAACUCUCCUGGGGUUCACAUCGCCCGCAAGAUCGACAAGAUGGGGAUGAGGUCUUCUGACACAGCAGAGGUCUUCUUCGAUGACGUGCGCGUGCCUUGCAAGAACCUCAUUGGUCAGGAGGGGAUGGGCUUCACUUAUCAAAUGCUUCAAUUCCAGGAAGAGAGACUUUGGGCGUGUGGCAACAUUCUAACCAUGAUGGACAACAUCAUCCAGGAGACCAUUCAGUACACCAGACAGAGGAAGAUCUUCAAGAUGCCUCUUCUCUACCACCAGUCAGUCCACUUCAGACUGGCUGAGCUGGAGACAGAGAUCGAGCUGCUGCGUUCCCUCCUCCAUCGCUCUACAGCUCUGUACAUCAAGGGCAACGAUGUGACUAAGCUGGCGUCCAUGGCUAAGCUGAAGGCAGGCCGUCUAUCCAGGGAGGUGGGGGACAGCUGCCUGCAGUACUGGGGAGGGAUGGGCUUCACCAGCGAUGUCUUGGUCAGCAGGUUUUACAGAGACGCCAGGUUACUGUCCAUUGGAGGAGGCGCUGAUGAGGUCAUGCUGUCGAUCAUCUGCAAGUACAUGGACACCCUACCCAAGAAGUGAUGUCACAGUGCCAGUAUGGCUUUCCCCUGUGCUGCACCUCAAUCCAGAACAUUGUUCCCAUUCCUAUGCUUCUCUAUAAUGACUGGAUAGGUGGAAGUGAUACCUCUUAGUUUAUGCCAUAUUGCUUACACCUAUCCAGCCCAUGAAGGGGAGUUCCAGGAGGAACAAAACCAAUUUCUGAAAUUGAAUGAACACAUCAGAAUUGCAGUUUAAGAUUUUAAUUUGUUAAUCAAUUUAACCGCUGUGUUGCACUUAAUUUAUGAAAAUGCAUGUACUGUACUACAGGGCCAGUCAGGAAUGUUUUUCAAAUAGUGCCUCCAUGUUUCCAUUCUGGGGAAACAUGCCUUAGAUUUCGUUCCAUUAAUUUCUUUAUGACAAUUGAAAACUGCGGUCCUACAGUAGUUGUGAAUUUGUUUGUGUAUUGUGGAGGGGAUAUGUAAUCAAUGUCUAAGAUCAAGUUUUUGUAGAUAGUCUUAGGAAUACAAUGAAUAGUAUGUACCGUGGUGUGAAAUAAAUGAAGCGCUAUAUACCUCAA